CGUUAUCUCUCUUUACUUUAUUUAAUUAUUAUUAUCUGUUAUUCCUUAUUUGAAUAAAUGAACGGAGACUUGUCGCACCUAUGUGGUGGGCAAGAUUUUAUGUAUGUGUUUCAUGUGUAGAUGACCAACAUACCCGACUGCCUCGCGUGCCGAAGUUCGCCUGGUGGGUUCGGGGCUCAUCGAGUGAUUUGAGAUGUGGGGCCGUCACCGCUCAUUGACGGAGUCUGUGUACUUAUCCUCGGCAGUUCUCGCCGAUUACGGGUACGCUGAGGAGAUGGAGCAGCUGCUACAAGGGACUAGGUGGCAUUGCCUCUUCACGAUGCGUGCCGAGUCCAGCCUGCCACUGACGAUCGAGUUUCUGUGCUCUCUAGAGUUGGAGCCAUCUACAGGGUCAAGGUCGAUGAACUUCCAGUCCAUCGACUCUCAUACCACCCUCACCUUCACUCUCCUGGGGCGGGGAUUUCAGCUAACGGUCGCCGAUCUGGCUACACACUUGGGUCUCUACAAUUGGGAGGAAACGUCGGCGUCAGAGUUCGAUGCCGCACCAUACCUUCUCCCUGCAGACAUUGAUCCCGCUGACUUUUGGGCGGAACAUUCUUCCGAUCCAGACAACUUUGAGGGCAUGGGCCUAGCCAGGUUUUGGAUUCAGCCGACUUGGCGAAUCCUAUCUUUCGUGCUUUCGACAUCCUUCUUUGGGAAACCGUUGAACAUGUAUCGGGUAUACCCCGAUGAUAUGAUUGUCUUCUGGAGCCUGCACACACGCCGGGAGGCGAAUGUGGCUGACUUUGUGGCCCGAUUCCUCUACAGUCAGUCCAUGGGGAAUCGGACGCACAUUGUCUGUGGUUUUGUGGUCACCAUACUCUUCCGAUCACUCGAAGGGUUGGCGCCCAUUCCGCGGGCCCAGAUGAUGAUGCAAGAUUUGGAUGCCGGCAUGCUGAGGAAUGCCCACAUCCGUAGGAGGUUGGGAGCUGGCUCUACCGAGAGCAACGCCGCUUCCUCAUCUGCGCCCUCGACCUCAGGAGCAUCUUCGCAGGUCUCGUCCAGGAGAGCCACUCGUCACCGUCCCACUCCUCAGGCCACUCCAGCUACGACCCAGGCGGAUCCGACCCCUGAAUGGGCUAGGAGGAUCCUGGAGCAGCAGGAUACCAUCAUGCAGAGGAUGUCCGAAAUCGGACAGCAGCAGGCAUCCCAGGCUGAGAGCUUUGCUCAGCUUCGGAGGACCUUUACUGGCUUUUACUCGGAUGUGCACAUUGGGCUCACCCCUCGUUCUCCUGAGGGCGACGAUCCAUCCGCCUCAGUUCCUCCCCCUUCGUGAUCUUCAUAUUAUUUUCUUUUGAAAACUUUUAUUUCUUUUUGUUUAUGAGCAGGAAUUUGAUAAGUUCAUUUUGUUCUUAUUUUAUUCUACAUAUUUUAAGCAUUAUUGCACAAAAAUAGUGAUUAUGAUUUGGUGAAAAGGAAGUGAGAAGAUCGUUCUAACCAAUCUUCACCCAAGCUAUUUAAAAGAAAUUACACUAAUGCCG